AUGUCAUUUGAGUUUAAUGUAGCUGUUNCAAAUCUGCACAGAAUAGCUCCGAGUACAUUUCUCUAUUUCCAGCCAUUUUGCGAUGGUACUCACAGGAAGGAUGGCCUAACAGAUGUGCGUCCUGUUAAAUUCCAGGUUGAAAAAAGUGGCGAAUAUUAUUUGUGCAACUGCAAACAAACAGCAACCCGUCCAAUUUGUGACAGAGCCCACAAGGAGGUAAGCGGUGCUCCAAAGGAUCUCCAUGCUACCCAAUUCGUGAUGUUUGGUGACAACUCGCCUGUGUACGAUGGUAAGAUGCUAGUGUUCUGCCCUUUUUGUGGAUCAAUGCUACAAAUAGAGGAAGGUGAUACAUGUAUGCAGUUCUCCUGUCCAUCUUGUCCAUAUAUCUGUCCAGUAACGAAAAAGAUUAGUAGUCGUAUCUAUCCUAAACUCAAAGAUGUUGAAGAAGUUCUAGGAGGACCUUCUGUAUGGGAUAAUGCACAGGUAAGGUUAUCACGAAUUUUGAAGCUCUUUUAUACUUGA